CUUCUCUUUGCCAAGAUUUGGAUUUUCCUUUUUUUCCUUUCUGUUCUUCUAAUUUACUAUAUAUUUAAUAUCAUGGCCACUUCACAAAUACCACUUAUUAGUGUACCGUUCAAACGUACAGAUGAUAUUGAUUGGAUAAGUCCUUUAAGAAGAUAUAUUGCUCAACAUUAUCAAGACGAUCCUGAAAAAUACACGCAAGAAACUUAUUCUCUUAACCGCUUACGCCAAGAUAUUCGUGGUGCAGGAAAAGAUAUCACUGGACGUGAUCUACUUUAUCGUUAUUUUGGACAAUUAGAAUUAUUGGAUUUACGUUUUCCCGUUGAUGAAAAACACGUCAAAAUUCUUUUUACUUGGUAUGAUGCUUUUAGUGGACGAACAACUUCUCAAUAUUCGCUUGCUUAUGAAAAAGCUAGUGUGAUAUUCAACAUUGCAGCAACUUUAUCAGCAAUAGCAUCCAUGCAAAAUCGAGCAGAACCCGAUGGUCGUAAACGAGCUUUCCAUUUUCUUCAAGCUUCGGCUGGUAUGUUUGAAUAUAUAAAUGAAAACUUUUUACAUGCUCCUUCCCAAGAUCUCAGUCGUGAAACGGUACAUUUAUUGGCAGAACUCAUGUUGGCUCAAGCUCAAGAAUGUUUUUUGGAAAAUAGUAUACGUGAAAAGAAGAAGGAUGGUUUGAUUGCAAAGUUGGCGAGUCAUGUAGUUUGGGUCUAUGGUAAUUUGGUCGAUGAUAUUCAAGAAGCAACAAAUGCACGAAGUGUUACUAUCGACAAAGCAUGGCUUUUAAUGUGUCAGAUCAAGCAAAAAUACUAUCAAGGUUUGGCUCAACAAUAUAAAGCAUCUGCUUGUGAAGCUCAAGGCAAUUAUGGUGAACAAGUUGCUCGACUAGGUGUGGCUGAACAAGUAGGUAAAGAAGCUGCUGGAAAAUUGGCGACAUCUCUGGUGCAACAAGUAGCUAGUUCCUCAACAACAACGUCAGCAUCAGGAUCCCCAACAAGUCAUGCAAAUGGAACUUUACCUGCGGAUAGUGGUAUCGUAUUACAAGAACUAUGCAAGGCAUUGGCAGCAACUUGUGGUGAAAAAUACACAGCAGCUACUCGUGACAACGAUAUGAUAUAUCAUGAGCAUGUCCCACAAGAAUCUAUUCUUACACCUAUUGAUCGAUUGAAGGCUGUACAACCUAUACCAAUGGCAGAACUCUAUGGUAGUGGUCAAACUGGUUCAGAGCAAAUGUCAAAAGUGAUUGGUGCGGAUAUUUUUGCCAAAUUGAUUCCUCUUAGUGUUCAUGAAAGUGCAUCUCUUUAUUCGGAAGAACAAGCCAAGCUAGUACGUGCUGAAACCGACAAAUGUGAUGUGGCCAAGGCGGAAUUAAAGGCAUCCAUGGAGUAUAUGAAGUUACCUCAAUCUCUGGACAAAUUCAAACAUUCUGGUAAUCCUUAUCAAAUUGACAAACAAAUGGAAGACUUGAUGUUACCUCCAUCCAAUAUCUUGGCUCUGGCGGAUGAUGUUGCUAAAGAAGAAAAUACUGGUCAAGGUGUACGCCAGAACAUGGAACAACUAGAAACUUUGAAAACAAAAGCAAGAAACAGUUUGGAUCAAGUGGGAUUGAGUUUGGAUCAAGAAACAAGAGAUUGUGAAAGCAUGCGGGUGAAAUAUGGUGAUCUUUGGUUACAGGCACCUUCUGGAAGUUUGACAAGCCAUUUCAGACAAGAUCUUCGAAAUCAUCGACAAUCUCUUGAAUCCGGCACUCAGUCUGACAGCAAUCUUUAUCGACAAUACGAUUUGAUUAAAAAAGAUUUGGACAUUUUACGACAAGGAAAUCAAAACAGGGCAUUGGAACGUAUUUUUGUGGAGCAGUUAACAUCGGCAUUAGAUCGUGAUAACAGCAAUAAUAAGAAAGACGUUGGAGAAAAUAGUCUAUUGGAUUUGGACAUUGAAUCUUCUGAUACAACAACGGAAACCAAUACAUCUAUCAAAGUACAACAAGUGGAAAACAUCAUCGACAAACUAUUCAAAUUGGAAAAAGAUCGAAACGAAACUCUUCAAGACCUGAAAGAAAGAAUGCAACAAGAUGAUAUAUCCCAACUUCUUAUUUUGAACCGAAAAACCAAUGCUGAACAACAUUUGUUUAUGUCAGAAUUGGAAAAGUAUCGACCUCAUCAACAACGUAUUACUGCAACUAUUCAUCAACAACAACAAUUGAUUCAAGAACUGGGUACAGCAUUUAAAUCAUUGAUGGAAGGUGAAGAAGCUAAAAAGUUACAAGCUCAAUGGGACAAGGUGGAACGACAAAAACGACUUUUGAUGGAUCAAUUAGUACGAGCAAGAGAUUCUUAUCUAGAUGUGAAAAAUGGACUUGGGAAAGGAAUUGAAUUCUAUACAAAUUUGAAUGAAGCUAUUGAUGCUUUGGGAAGAAAUACUCAAACAUUUAUUGAAGAUCGUGGACGUGAACGACAACGUAUGGCGGAUGAUUUGGAGACAACACAAAGCAAUAGGGAACAAGAGAUACUGAAAGAACGACUCAAUAUGUAUACAGCCAGUGCACCUGAAAUAUCUCAGUUAGUGGAUAGAACGAAGCAAAUGACCAUGAAUGGACAGUCAUCAACAUCACCAUCUUAUAGUUAUCCAAAGACAACCCAACCACCACCGCCACCACCUGUACCUCAACAAUAUUCUCAAUCUUCAUCUAAUAGUCAUCAUUUUUCAAUUCCUGCUCAAACUUCACAUCCUCCUUCUUCUUCUUCCGUAUCGCAGAGUUAUUACAAUUCGAAUGGAGUCAAUGCACCUCUUCCUCAUCAUCGACAAGAUUAUACCUCCACGAUGUAUAUGUCCUCGGUACCUCCUCCAUCGAUGAUCUCGGCUCCUAGUUUGUACCAACAACAACCAUCACCACAACAUCAACAUUAUCAGCAAUCAUAUCCACAACAACAGCAGCAUCAGCAGCAGCCAAUAAGUAGUAGUUAUUCAUCAGGACCGACUCCUCCACCUAUACCUCCAUUACCUUACAAUAUGGCAUCUACUGGUUACCAACAACAUCAAAUGAUUUCACCUCAGGGGCAACAACAACAACAACAACAACAGCAGCAGCAACAUAUUUCCCUUCAGCAAUAUCCUACCUACCAGUCACAACAACCUCAACAACCAAUGUAUUCACACCAACAAUCACCACCAUCUGGUCAACAAAAUUAUUUUAAUGGGUCAUUGAUGGAUUAGCCUUAGUUAUAUAGUAUUAUAGUUUAUUAUUAUUAUUAUUUUUAUUAUUAUGUAUUAUGUAUUAUGGAUAUAUGAAUAAAAAAGGAAGCUCAUUUUAAUUUGAAAAUGACAAGAAAGAGAAAAAAAAAAGGGGGGGAGGAAUACGGUGGUUAUCGAGCUUCAUGGUGACACAGCA